AUGGCUACUAGCAUAUAUACAACAUCUUUACCCAACACUACCCUACCUUCCCCUUGUGAGUCGAGUCUUACACUAAACCCAUCAUUAGAUAUUCUGCAACAAUUUGAUGCUCAGUACUUAUCGACUUAUUUACAAAGUAGAUUAGCUGCAGUCAAACGAGAAUACGAAUACUCCACUAGGCUAGGAGAUAGGACCUGUUUAUUGCAGUACACAGAAGCGGCCACAGCAGCAACAGCAGCAGCAGCAGCAGCAGCAUCAGCAACAGUUGCAGAAGAUGAAUCUCCUUCCAAAGUUGAAUCCAACUUGCAGCAGGCAGAACUCACUUUAAUUUACAACCAUCACGAAAUUAACAUUAAGUUGACGUCAAUACUAGGUCUAAUCAAUAGCUACUCUUGCAAAAAAGUCACCAGUGAGCAACUUACAGUCAAUCAUUUAUUCUUGUACUUGUUCUAUCACCAGUUGGUUCUAUUUUCGUCUUAUCGACAACAACAAAUCUUUAUUGGCCAAUUCAACUUGAUCCAUUUGGGAAAAUCGUACAAGUUUGAAUACACAAACAACAACAACAACAACAACAACAACAAUGCCCGAAAUCAAACUCAUACCGAUUACUUACUAUCCGACUUGAAAAUCAACCAAUACCCCAAGCUUUUCCUCCACAUUAGAGAAAACUCCAUGUCAAUUGGAAAUCAAAAGUUGAGUUUGGUCGAAAUUGGUAAUUUUGUAUCACGAGUUGUCAAUUUUGUUGAUAAAUCAAAUGGACAAGUGACUUAUGUUGAAACAAUAAAGAUGAAAUUGAAAAGAAGUAAGUCGUCUGAAUCCAGUACAACGAUAAAGAAUAGCAGGAGUAGAUCCGAUAAUGAGCAAGGUAAUAAUGAUAAUGAUAAAGGGGUGAAAAGAAGUAAAAUUAGACAAGAAAUACUGAGGGUUUUACAUCGAUUGUAUUAA